CCUCAGAGGAGCCCUCUAAGAGGGUAAUUGAGCAACAUAGAUGGCCAGCCAUGAUAGGUGGGCAGGUGCCAAAGAAUCUCAUGUCAAGAAGUAUUGACCUUUCUGACAAAGCUACCAGACGGGUCCCUUUGGCAAAUACUUCAAGAGGCCUUUCACCAAGGAAGACCCCUUCUGUUGAAUCUUCAGUCAAAGGGUUAAAUCCAUCAUUGGAUGAAGUGGCAAGAAGUUUGGCUAUUCAGGCAAGCAGAAGCUAUGACAGGGUAGACUCACAGAAAACAGAGAGAUCUAAAUCUGUGAGCCGACCAAACAGAACAAUUACUUUUCCUGUUCCAAUUCUACAACGCUCAUCAUCCCCAAACAAGGCAUUGUCAGCUGCAUCCUCAACUUCCAGGGCCUUUCAGAGCCCAUCUCGGACAAGGCCUUCAACACCCUGUCGGUCCCAAAGUGCUGGAGCUAUUCAAGCUAGUGUUACAUCUCAUAUUAACUACAUGGUUGAUGCGAGAAAAGGAAAGAAAAAUGCCAGCCAAAUUGAAAACAUCCACCAACUGCGUUUAUUGUACAAUAGACAUUUGCAGUGGCGCUUUAUAAAUGCCUAUGCAGAAGACACUCUAUGUUUUCAAAAGGCCACUGUUGAGAAUGCCAUUUAUAAUGUUUGGAGGAAUACUAUAAACCUGCGGGAUUCUGUUAAUACAAGAAGAAUAAUGAUGCAGCACCUUCAGCAAGAACUUAGGCUGUACAACAUUCUGAAAGAACAGAUUGCUUACCUUGAACAGUGGCCAACACUGGAAAGGGAUAAUAGUAUCUCUUUGUUUGGGGCAACUGAGGCUCUGAAAGCAAGCACCCUGCGGUUACCAGUUACAUCGGGAGCUAAGGUUGAUGCAAUUGCUCUCAAGAAUGCUGUAAGCUCAGCUGUUGAUGUCAUGCAAGGUUUGGGUUCAUCUGUUUGCUGCAUGCUUUCAAAGGUCACAGACAGGGAAUCCUUGGUUUCAGAACUCUCUGUCAUAGCAGGACAAGAAAAGGUUAUGCUUGAUGAAUGCAGAGAACUCUUAGCUACAGCUGCAAAAUUGCAGGUGCAGGAGUCCAGCCUACGGACACAUCUUAUGCAACAGAGACACAGGCUUCAUGAUAUGAAUUAAGAAGUUGAUCAAGAUGAACAGGUACAACUGCUCAAGUUGAACCUGCAACUUAAGAAAAUAUCGUGCAAACUGCAAGAGGAAUCUGUACAGAUGAAAUAAUAGGAACAGAACAAAUUGUUAAACAUCCCCUGGAGAUCAUGGUGUGAUGCUGUGCAGCUAACUCCCCACAGGCCACAGUGCGUAGAUAUCAUAGGUUUACUUAAAGACCUCAUCAUAUGUAAAUUGUUUUCACCAUAUAGGGCACUCCCAGCUUUUCUAGCCCUUUCUUUCUUACAUUUGUUCCCUGUAUAGAGUGGAGCCGUCUUCUUUCCCAUUGUAUUUUUUUGGCAUCAGGAAAGAAAUACAUAGAUGAAAUGGGUGGGCAAAGAUGGAGAAUUUAUUUCAAUUUUCCUUUUUAGAAACCUGUAAGAUUUUGUAGAUGCGCUCUCUUUGUAGUGGCGUAAAUAACUGAAAAGGUUAUCUGGUGAGCGCUGACAACUUACUCGUGUUCGGAUUUCUCUCUUCUGUACCCAAAAGUACCUAGUUGGAACAUCACAUCGGUUUUUAAGCA